AAAACUUUUGCGCAGUGUAGAAACACUCUUACCGUUUUGCCGAUAUUUUCAUAUCACGGUACUCAUAAUACCGUUGCUAGCCAUAAGUGCCGAUACGAACGCAUUCAGUGUGUGAGUAGCUUAAGGGCUCACAUCUGUUUUGUUAACGUUUCAACCGCACGAAUAGCCACAAAAUCGUCUCAUCCUACACUCAUCUCUACAACCGAUAAGGGUUGCGCGCAAUAAGAACUACAUUUCGGACCAACAAUAGUAUCAGCAAAGUUUAAUCAUCCGUUUCGGUGAAAAGUUUCUGUGCUAACCACGAAAAUAAGGGCACUUUAAAAUUCAUUAUAAUACGAUUAAGUGAAGGAUGGCUGUCUUUCAAAUGGGUUCGCAUACGCACGCCAUACCCAUGGCAAUGUUUCGGGAUAAUCGUAUCAAGGUGGCCAAUGAACUUCAACGAAGCCACAACUUUGGGAAGGAUUCUGUUCCUAUAGUUGUACUUCAAGGUGGUGAUAACAUUAGCCAUUACGAUACGGACGUUGAUUAUAUUUUCCGCCAGGAAUCGUACUUUACUUAUAUGUUCGGCGUCACUGAACCUGGAUGCUAUGGAACGGUUGAGGUUAAUACAGGACGUGCUGUGCUGUUUGUUCCACGGUUGCCAGAAGAGUACUCAGUGUGGAUGGGACCGCUACUUGGACUCGAUGACUUCCAGCGCAAAUAUGAAGUCGAUGCUGUGUACUACGUUGAUGAAAUCGUGGAUAUAAUUUCUGGUAACCAUCCAUCAGUGCUUUUAGUUUUGAGUGGCCAGAAUACUGAUAGUGGCUCUAUAGCAAAGCCGGCUUCUUUCAAAGGCAUCGAAAGAUUCAUUAUUGAUACUGAAAUUCUUUUUCCUGUUAUUGCCGAAUGCCGAGUCAUCAAGUCUCAGGCAGAGAUCGAGGUGCUGCGCUAUGUAGCGCGCGUAUCUUCUGAUGCCCACAAGGCUGUUAUGAAGGCGAUCAAGCCGGGAAUGUACGAGUACCAGGCGGAGGCAGAAUUUCUUCGCCAUUCGUACGCCGUUGGCGGUUGCCGCCACGUUUCUUAUACCUGCAUCUGUGGCGCAGGUUCUAACUCGGCUAUCUUGCAUUACGGGCACGCCGGAUCGCCAAACGAUUAUGAGAUUCUGGACGGUUCUAUGUGUCUCUUUGACAUGGGCGCGAACUAUGGUGGAUACACUGCCGACAUUACCUGCAGCUUCCCAGCUAACGGAAAGUUUACCAAGGAUCAAAAGCUUAUCUACAAUGCUGUCCUGGCUGCACGUGAUGCAGUCUGCGGGGCUGCCCGGGAGGGUGUUUCUUGGAUCGAUAUGCAUCUGUUAGCCAAUCGCGUCAUGCUAGAGGAGCUACGUAACGGUCAGCUGCUGCAGGGUGAUGUGGGGGAGAUGAUGGAGGCAGGGCUAAAUGCCGUAUUCCAACCGCACGGUCUCGGUCAUUUCCUCGGUCUGGACGUUCACGACGUUGGCGGGUAUUUGCCGGGCUGUCCGGAACGCUCCACACGCCCUGGAGUAAACCGGCUCCGCACGGCCCGAACACUUAAAGCGGGCAUGUACCUCACCAUUGAACCGGGCUGCUACUUUAUUGAACCACUUCUAAACCAGGCGCUAGCUGAUCCAAAAUUGAGCAAGUUCUUGGUGAAGGAAAACCUGAUGCGUUUUCGCAACUUCGGUGGGGUACGCAUCGAGGACGAUGUUCUCAUUACAAAGACCGGCAUCGAAAACUUCACCCUUGUACCGAGAACCGUAGAGGAAAUCGAAGCCUGGAUGGCCAACUGAGUUGUUCGUGUUAUAGGCAGGUCUAUGGAAGCAACCCGUUAGCAAUGGUUUAGGUGUUGGGAAAACUAAUCUUAAAACUGGUGCUCUACCAUAAAAUAAAAAUAAUACACUAUAUGAGUUCAAA